UCUACACAAUGGGUGUUUACAUUUGAAAUACUCGAGUUACAAACCCUAAGUCACCCCCUUUUGAGGGGUUGAAAUUCAGUUGUAAGUCAAAAGGUAGAGAAUUUGAUCAAUAACUUACCUUGAAAGUGGCCCCCUGUGGGUUGGGGGAGCUUUGAGUCGAUAAUGAAUCAUACUCAAUAAUGUUUUGAAAACCAGAAUUCACCCACAGUAUCCAUGCUUGUCGUAGGAGGCGACUAAAAUGGACCUCAAGGCAACUCUGAACAAUGUACAACUCUGUACAAUUACAAAAAAUUGUAAUGUAAAUAAAUAAAUAAACUCCAGAAGUUGCCUUGCCUUCAAACCCACGGGAUCUGUCCCAUCAGGGCAAUUUCGGAGGGACAAAAAUAAAAACCAAAGAGACCAGAGAUGGGCGAAACUCCAGGCACAAAUGUGGGUCAAGAGGCUGAGUCGAAGGUGGCCGGCGCCCUAGAGGCAGUUUAGCGUCCCCUCUCUCAGCGGAAGGACCUACAAAAAGUCCAGUAGUGGAACUCACGAGUUUGGGGGUGGAGAGGCCAAAACUCAGCCUGCAACCAGGUGAUGAAUGGAAUGUUAGUAUAGGGGAAAACUCCUGGUUCUUAUAAAGGACAUCCCCCUCAGAGUUCUUAUCUGGCAGUCGAUGAGUUCGGAUCGGUGUUUAUCGAAGCUUCAAAACAACUCUUAAACGUGUUGCAGCGUAUCGGCUGGUUCGAUUAACAUUGAAGUAACGUUUGAAAGUGAAUUUAAAAGUGUGUAUUCGAAUUUCAAUACUAUAAAAUGUUGAAGUGUGCUAAAUGCUCCAAGGACAUUGCGUCGACGAAGGACGGAUGCUGUGUAUGCGUUAAGUGUCAAUCCCAUUACCACACAGCAUGUGUAAGCGAAGCGAAGACACGUGCUUCACUGGUUAACUGGACAUGUGAAAAGUGUGACCUUAAGAAUAAACCAUCAAGUAUCAGUGAACAGGGAAACGAUAAAAUACUAGAAGCGAUUUCUACGCUUAGAAGUGAUAUGAACAAAAGACUGGACAGCAUGCAAAAUAAGUUAGAUGAAAUGAAUGGUUUGAAGGAAAAAGUAGACAGUGUUACAGAGAAAGCAAACAUAAUAGACGAUAAAGUGCAACAGUUGAAUGCUGAAAAGUCUAAACUACAACUAGAAUUAACUGCUGCUAAGAAAGAAAUAAACGUUCUUCAAAAACAAACAAAAAAAAACAAUAUCGUGAUUUCUGGAAUCCCAGUGCAACCAAAUGGGACCAGUGUUUUCCCUUUCCUGAAUAGAAUAGCUCAAUUAUUGAAUCUGCCUUAUUGUCUAACGGAUUUUAAUGCUGCACAUUGGUUACCAGUUCGGGCGGGCGAUCAGCGAUCCCAACCAAUAGUUGUGUCUUUCAAGGAGAAGAAGAUGGCCUCCGUAUGGACAAACAAUGGCCAUGUGAUGGCUAAAAGAAAUCCUACAUCACGUCCAUUCCGAGUCAGAUGUCUGCUGGACCUUCAGGACAACACGCUUUCAGCUGCUGACGCCACUGGAGGCGGCGCCGCCCCCGCCCCCGCCGACGCACACGAUACAGUUGCUCAAGCGCCGCCGCCACCGCCACAUACAAUCACCGUCAGUCAAUAGAUAAGUGCUCAAACUCAAGGACACCAUUAAAGAGUACAAUUUACCACUAGAAGAAGUAUCUGUCGAUGACAUUCUAGAAGCUCAGAGACGAGAACAGGAAUCAAAACACCAACAUGAAAAGUUAA